UUAGUUGGCUGAUUCUGUCAAUAUUACGCAGAUGAUUAAUUUCCUGAAGAAUAAGAGCACGACUAAGUGAUUUUUACCAAGGAAAAAAAUUUAUUGACUAUUUUUUUCGUGAUAGAAAAAAUGAUGUAAUGCUAUCAGAUAAGGAAAAUGUCAUAAGCUUAUUCACUUUGUUCAUUGAAACACGUGUGUUCACUACUGUACAUAUGCAUCAAUUUUAAAGAAAAGUUUUUGUAUGAUAUCAACUUUAUCAACGAUAUUGUCAAGCUCAAGCUAAGGAAAUAUGAAAAGGUCUGUAGGUCAAUGUUUUGUAAUAAUAUCUGUGAAUAUGGCGACUGAAGCGCGGCAAUUCGAUAGAAAAACUGCAUAUUUGAAACCCCACAUCUGCGACGACGCUGCGUUACCAUGGAAUAAAUGCUAAAUAAUUAGUCUUGAUACCAAGAACGAAAGUAAAGCUUUCAACAGAAAAUUUGAAAGAUAUUAAAAAUGAAUGGCAAACAAAAUGAAUCUAAUAAUCCAAGAAAAACGAAAAAAUCACAGGAAAAAACUCCUGCACCUUCCUAUCGAGAUUAUUUAGACAUGGAUACCGAUGAAGAAGAGUUUGGACGUCAAGAAACUCCAGAGCCUGAUGAAGAGCUUUCAAUAGAACCAGAGAAACCAGUAUUUUCUGAAAAAGAAUUAGCAACUCUUGUUCAAUAUGUGAAGAACCUAUCCAACUUUUUUGGUGUACAUGACAAUUUUUCUGAUAAUUCUAUUGAUACAAUACGAGAAUUUUUUUGUUAUCCUGUUCACACAGUCCUGACGAUUGUUCAAGAAAAUGGUGAAUCAAAGGCACUAUUGGAUUUUCCACAACACAUUCAUUCUGGAUUGACUUACUUUAUGAGAAUGCCUUGGCAAAUUUACACUCCAGAUAAUUUUAUGCAAACUGUUGUCUACGGAAGUUUAAAUAACAAUAUAGAAAAGUCACUGCUAAAGUUCUUUGAAAAUAUUUAUGCUCCAGAAGCUUUUUAUAGUAACAAAUGGCCAAAAGUUACCAGAAAUGAGAUAUUUUCAAACUUGAAUGAGUUUCUGAGAAAUUUAACUAACGCUACAUAUGAUCCAAUGGGGCUUGCAAUACUUUACAUACCUCGAGAAGGAAUCCAAUGUCUUCAAGAACAAACUUGUGAUAACAAACCACUGACUAAUAAAACUGAACGUUCUCAAUCGUUCAGUGAUGGGAACAAUGUCAAUAGUUUUAUAGAAAGAUUGGAGAGAGUGGCUUCUUAUUGGAUAAAGCAAAUAAGAGAAGUUUUGAAAGGAAGUAAUUUACCAGCAAGACCUAUUUACAGAACGAUUGGUGAAGAAAUUAAUUUUUGGAACUUUAGAUUUGAAAGUCUUAGUUGCCUCCGCUAUCAGCUUUCGAAUAAAUAUAUUCUUGCAAUCAUUGAACAUUUAUUAAAAUUCAAGUCUGCCAGAGUUGAACAAUUUCAUUCUCUAGUCAAAGAAAUCGAUAAAUUAUUAACAGAAAUAGCUUCAGAUAUAACUUAUUUAAAUGUUUUCAAUGGCUUUGAUAAUGAUUUUCAAAUUCCUGAUGGAAUUGAUGAGUAUACCAAAAAUAUGGUACAUUUGAUUCGUUUUAUUGGAAAAGAAUCCAAGUUCUAUGGAAGCACAGAGAAGAUGGAAGCGCUUUGUCAAGCGUUGAGUACCGAGGUAAUAGUUCAAUGUAAGAAGUAUAUCGAUUUAAAUAUAGUACUGGAAGGAAAUCCUAAAGAUGGUAAAACCAUGCUUGAGAAUAGCAUUAAUUGCUGCAUUAAAUAUCAAGAAGUUUUUCUAGAACUGAAAGAAGUUGAUAAAUAUUUGAGUUUCGACACAAUAUCAACAAUUGAUGAGAAAAAAAUUUUUUGUCAUGUUCAAACAUUUAUGCAAAGAUGUUCAGAUUUAAUCGAAAUAACAGAAUCAAGAAUUAUAUUUGACGAAAGUGAUGAAAAAAUGCUCAUAGGUGGAGCAAAGGCAUUAGAAUAUGAAAAACAAUAUAAAAAAAUAGAAAAAUUAUUUAUUGAAGCACUGAAUGAAGUGAAAAAUGUGCAAGAUUGCAUUUUAGAUGUGACAAUGUUUGUAUGGCUCAAAAAAAUGUUGGAGUUCCGAGGAAAAAUUUUUGAUAUUGAUAAUAUGAUAGAGAACUUAAUUAACAUGAUAUUUAAUGAUGUAACAAAUGUAGAUGAAGGUGUAGAAACGCUUUUUUCUCUAAAAAGGUUUAUCCUAAGGCCGCACUUAGGGGAACUUCUUAAUAGGCAUUGGGAAAUAAUUUGGAAAAUUUUUGAACAAGAAAUAGAUUGUAUGAUCACGAAUUUGGAAGAUGAAGAUGACACUUUCCAUCCAUCAAUGACCCCUUAUGCAGGAGCUGCAACUUUAUUACGUUUAAAAAAUAAUUAUUUAGACAGGCAAUAUAAUGUUUUAAUCAAUGCAUCUGAUUGGUUUGGAGAUUAUGUAGGGCAACAAACUAUUAUUGAUAAAUAUAAGUUCGUGCAGAAUAUUCUAUUAGAAAAAGAGAAUAAACUCUUCACAAGAUGGGAAGUGACACUUUGUGAUGAUGAUGAGCUAAGAGCAGCUCUUAACCAGCCUAUAAUUAAAUAUUGUAAUAUUCCUAAUGAAAAAUGUAUCAUCGUCAAUCUGAAUAAGAGCUACUUAGAUGAUAUGAGAGCAAUAAAUGAAUGGAAAGGCUUGGAUUACGAAGUAAAAAAGAUAUCAACGAAAUUAUUAGAAAAAUGGAGUCUAUUAAUUCAACGAUAUAAUCAAAUUGAUUAUUUAUGCAAAUUACACAAUAAAAUCAUUUCAGAAUGGACUGAAGAAGAAUCUUCAUUGUUAGAAAUUUUAUUGGAUGAUGUUAAGGUUGUAAUGACGGCUGGGUUGCCAAGAAUUACGUGGCUAAGUGAAUUUAUUGAUAAAUAUCACAAUGAAUGUUAUAAAAAUAUUUGUAAUUUAAGAGAUAUAACUUUAAGUUUUCAACAAAUGAACGAUAAAAUAAAUAUGCGUCUUCAAAAUGUGGAGAAGUUUUUGUUAGUUCAAGGCACGAGCGAUAUAAGUUAUAAUCUGAGUGAAUUCGAAAUAUAUCUUCAAAGCUCUAGAAAUGAAAAUCUUCUAAAGAUAGAAGAAAUAUCUAAGGAAAUAGUUGAAUUUAUUAAUGAUUUUAAAAAUAAAAUUCAAUAUAAUGAACAGACUCUACCGUCUUGGGAAACAUACAAAAAAAAAAUUGUUAGUGAAUUUGAACUAAGUCUAAAAAAAAAUAUUCGAAAAUCAUUGGAAUCAGCUCUGAAAUUUUUUCAUGGAGAUGGACUCACACAUCCUGAACCAUUAUUAUUUAUAAAUACUAAUUACAUUGUUAAUGAUAUCAUUUUCGACCCAAGUAUAGAGGAAGUUAAAAGGAUUUUUGAACAGAUGAUAUUCUUGAAUACAAAAGAGAUUGUUAAUAAUGAAAUAUUAAAUGAAUUUUUUAAAUUAAAUAAAAAUUAUUCCAAAGAAGAAGAAAAUUUUAUCGAGUUAGAUGGAAAGAUUCAGGAACUAAAGAACGAAAUUUAUGACGAGGUAGAAAUGGCAAUGAAAACGCUUGAUCAAUUUAUCAAAUCAACCAACAUAUUAAACGAUAUAUCAAACAUCAAAAGUACAUUAGAACAGUUAAAACAAGAUGUUGGUGAUCAUAAAAGGAAUACUUUAGAGAGUGAAAUUGUUCGAUGCGAGGAAUUAUCUAAAUCAAUAUUUUUUAUAACAGAUAAUAUUAACAUCCAUUUCUUAUCAAUAAAUACAACAGGCAUGAAGACUCCUCUGCUGGAACAAUGUGAUUUAUUGAAAGAUAUGCUUUUUGUCGAAUUAAGUAGAAUAAUUGCAGCAGAGCUCGCUUUGCAACGAUAAAGAUCACAAUUAUAUCAUU